CAAACCCGGAAGCGCAGCGCGGCAAGUGGAGGUCUCUCAGCUCAGCGAUGUGUGCAACAUCUCUCUUACAACAUGUCACAGGCUAUGAAUGUGUGUUUUGCUGAAGAAUUCUCAAGGGAAAUGGAGGUUACAGGAACUGUGAAGACUUGUGUCACCUGAGGAAGAAGCCUAGAAGAGGAGGAAGGUGAAAGAAAACGUGUCAGGAAUGGCUCUUUCUCGGGCACAGUUGACCUUCAAGGAUGUGUUCAUAGAUUUCACUCCUGAGGAGUGGGAAUGCCUGGACCCUGCCCAGAGGACCUUGUACAAGGACGUGAUGGUGGAGACCCUCAGGAACCUGCUGUCUCUGGGUAUGUCUCAUACACAUAUAAGCCAGAAAUUACCGACAAAAGCAAGCAGUGAUAAAGGAGAAGUAUUUCACACAGUGAUGUUGGGAAGACCUGAAAGCCAUAAAAUCACAUAUUUUUUCCUCAGAGAGGUCCAGGAGCAUUUGCAUAAAUUUGAGUGUCAGGGGAGAGAUGAUGAAAGAAAUUACAAAGGAAUGUCUGUAACUAUAACCCAGAACAAAAAUCUCACUAAUGAAAGUGAUCGGCGCAGUAGAAUUGCAGGGGGAAAUAAGCCUGUUGAAAAUAGGCAUGGAUCAAACUUUCAAGAUGAACUGCAGAUACUUCAACCUGAAGGGAAAACAUUUGAAUGUAUUCAAGCUGUGAGGAGUAUCAACAGUACCACCUCAGAUUUACGACUUCAGAGAACUCCUAGUUUCUGCACCAGCAUUUCUAAUAUGUGUGAGAGUGCUGUUAUGCACCCUUCAGUACUGGCACAAGACCAGGAAGCACAGAGGGGAAAACCUUACAAAUGUACUGAGUGUGCCAUGACCUUUGUUCAGGUCUCGGAACUCACUGGACAUCAAGGGAUCCAUAGAGGAGAGAAACCAUAUAAAUGUGAUGUAUGUGGAAAGGCCUUUAGUCAAAAUGCAAGACUUAUAGUUCAUCGGAGAAUUCAUACGGAAGAGAAACCAUAUAAAUAUUAUGAAUAUAGCAAAGCUCUUAGUGCACAUUCAGCCUUUACUGACCAUCAAGCAGUUCAUACAGGAGAGAAACCAUAUAAAUGUAGUUUAUGUGGCAAAGCCUUCAGUCACAGGUCUUAUUUUACAGUUCACUGGAGAAUUCAUACUGGACACAAACCUUACAUGUGUAAUGAGUGUGGCAAAGCUUUUAGUGCACAUUCAGACUUAACUAGACAUCGAGCAGUUCAUACAGGAGAGAAACCAUAUAAAUGUGACAUAUGUGGAAAAGCCUUUAGUCAAAACGCAAGACUUAAAGUUCAUAGGAGAAUUCAUACUGGAGAGAAACCGUAUAAAUGUGAUAUAUGUGGCCGGUGCUUUACUCGAAAUGCACACCUUGGGAUUCAUCGUAGAAUUCAUACUGGAGAGAAACCAUAUAAAUGUGAUGAGUGCGGAAAAGCUUUUAGUGCCCAUUCAGACUUAAGUAAACAUCAAGCACUUCAUGCAGGAGAGAAACCAUAUAAAUGUAAUUUAUGUGGCAAAGCCUUCAGUCUCAGGUCUUAUUUUACACUCCAUUGGAGAAUUCAUACUGGAGAGAAACCAUAUCAGUGUGAUGUAUGUGGCCAGUGCUUUAGUCAAAAUUCAUACCUUAGGAAUCAUCAGAGAAUUCAUACUGGAGAGAAGCCUUACAAAUGUAAUGAGUGUGGCAAAGCCUUCAGUCAGAGUUCAGGCCUCAUAACUCAUCAGAGAAUUCAUACUUUAGAGAAACCGUAUAAAUGUGAUGAGUGUGGCAAAACUUUUAGUGCACAUCCAGACUUGACUAAACAUCAAGCAGUUCACACAGGAGAGAAUCCAUAUAAAUGUAAUUUAUGUGGCAAAGCCUUCAGGUACAGGGCUUCCUUUGCUGUUCAUCACAGAACUCAUACUGGAGAGAAACCAUACAAAUGUGAUGAGUGUGGCAAAGCUUAUAGUGCACGUUCAACCUUUAUUUACCAUCAAGCAAUACAUACAGGAGAGAAACCAUAUAAAUGUAAUUUGUGUGGCACAGCAUUCAGGUACAGGACCGACUUUUCAGUUCAUCAAAUAAUUCAUAAUGGAGAGUAACCUUACAUAUGUCCUGAGUGUGGCAAAGUCUUUAGUCAGAGUUUAGUCCUCAUAGUCAAUCAGAGAGUUCAUACAAAAGAGAAAGCAUGUGAGUAUGAUAUGUGUGGUCGGUGCCUUACUCAAAUUGCACACCUUGGAAUUCAUUGGAGAAUUCAUACUGGAGAAAAAUCUCACAGAUGUAAUCAGUGGCAAAACCUUUAGUGCAUGUUCAGCCUUAACUGACCAUUAGGCAGUUCAUACAGGAGAGAAACCAUAGACAUGUACUUAAUGUGCAAAGCCUUCAGCCACAGGAAUCACUUUUCAGAUCUUCUGAGAAUCUAUACUACAGUGAAAACUUACAAAUGUAAUGAAUGCAGUAAAGCAUAUCAUCUCUUUGACCCUCAGAAAAGUCACACUGGAGGAAAACCACACAAAUGUGGCAAAGCUUUGAUUCUAUGUCCAGACUUAAGUAACCAUCAGGUAAUUAAUUCUGAAUUGAGAUCUUACCCACAUCAUAAAUGUGGCAGGUGUUUUGGAAGGCAUUCAUUUCUUACAAAGCAAGAGAAAAUUCAUGCUGGAGAGAAGCCAUACAUUUAGAGUGCAGUCAAUCUCAAGUGACCAUAAGGUAACUCUUAUGGAGGGAACCAUAUAAAUGUAAUGUGUGGCCGGGUCUUCAGUAACAGGUCUCCAUUCACAUCAUGAGAGAGUUCAUAAUGCAGAGACACCUUACAAACGUAAGGUGGGGAACAUACUGGAACAGUACUUUACAAAUGCAGUGGGGGUGGAAAAAGUUUCACCUUGAGUUGGAUGCAUUUGACAACAAGAGUCCAUAUUGAAGAGGAGUCAUGGAAAUGUGUGGGCAAGGGCUUUCUCCAGGCUCUGAGUGCACUAGACCUCAAAUUACACGUCUUUCAGAGAAAUUACACAGAUACAAUGUGCACGCUAAAACUUUAACCCAAAGUUCAAAUCUAUGAAACAUGAAAGGAUUUAUAUUGGAGAGCAAGCUUGUACAGGUAAUGAAUUUUGUAUAGUUUUUUUCAUCAGAUAUUCACAGCUUGGGCAUAAGGAGGUAAUUUAUGCAGAUCAGAAACUGAACAGAUAUACUGAAAGUGAAAACACUUCUAAGAAAACCAGUAUGUCUUCAAGAUUCACCAAGAAAUUCAUAUUGGGGAGAAUCCUUAUAGAUGUAAUGAAUUUGCUAAGUUUUUAAACCAGUCCUUACAGCAGGCCACACAUCAGACAAUUCAUAUUAGGAAUAAAUAAAUCUUUAGUUCUCCAACAUCAACCUCCAAUACUAUUGCAGAAUAAUUGUAUUAAAUAUGUUAAAACUUAUGGCAUGAGGGGUAUAUUAAAUAUGUUGAAACUGAAGGACAUGUAAGAAGAUAGCCCAGUAUCUUCAGUGUGUAUUUAAUUAGUUGAGUUUUCUUGAGAAGGCCAUAUUACUAUGACUUUUCCACAGUAGUUUGAAAACCUUCUAUAGCUUUCUUACAGGCCUUUCUUGAUGGUCUCUGCAGAGGAAUUAGUAAGAUGAAGAGGCUAACCUGAUUAAGUGUGGUUCAUUCAUAUCCAUCUUUCCUGAGAAAACAGGGACACUGAAUUAUUCAAUUCACUGGUGUGUGAAUUGGCAUCAGGUAAGGGCAGAGAAUAAUGUAAAACUGUGCCAUAAUUUAUCAUGCUUGUUAUGUUCAGGGUGCGCUUCCAUACACAGACCACAGCGUGUUGUAGGACUGGGUGCUAUACCAUCAAGAGAGUAGUUAUCUAAGGGGAAUUUAAUCAGAAGAAAUCAAAUAGUAUGUAUAUGUCUAUGAUUGACAUUUAACUGCUGCCAUUACUGUUUGCUACUGUUUUAUUCAGAAUGUAUCAUGAAUCUCCUCUUUUGAUUCAUAAAAUGUAAUCUCCACAACCCUGGAUGAACCAUGUUCUUCCCACCAACAGGGUUUUAUCCAACCUCAGUAUUUUGUAACAGAUGGUAACAAUGCAAUGUUAGGCUCUUGGGGCUGAAACAAACUAUGAGAAUUGCUUUCCACAGUGGAACCAAAGAACAUGCAAUUUGGGAAUUACAUAUUCAUAAUUUGUACUUGCGUUACUCUUUCCACACUCCGCUUCAGAACAUUCAGACAGCUGUAAAUAAAAUACCAUAGCAGUGCAUUUUCAGACUCAAAAUAUAUUUAAAUAGAAAAAUUGUGGACUUCCCCAGCAGUCCAGUGGUUCAAACUCCACCCUUUAGAGGGCACAGGUUUGAUUCGUGGUCAGGGAAGUAAGAUUCCGCAAGAUGCCAGGCAGGGUGCCCCCCGCCCCCCCUCCCCCAAAAAAGGUGCAAAAAAUUGAACUUAGAAAUUUUAAAGAUCUAAUUGACGUCGAAUGAUUCAUGAAUCAGGCAGCAUCCUAUCUAGUUCAUUCAGAGGUGCUCAAAGGAACUGUACAACAUGGAAGGUUUCUGUAGGUAGAAACUGGAUAGGACAAGAAAAUUAUUCACAAACACAUUGCUUCAGGUCUGGUCUCCUGUGCAGGGCUGUGGGCAGGUGGAGGGUGUAGCCAGCAUCUUGCCCUGCAGAUUACUGCACUAGUGUCCUGGAAAUUCCAGUCAGUGACUCCUGGUCACGGUUUUAAGCAGGCAGACACUGCAAUGAAGUGUUGGUUUGCCCUCCUGGAGGCAGCGGCUCCACCUUGGGCCUGUCUCUUCUUUUUACCAUGGCCUGAACCUUGCCAUGCCUCAGUGAGUGUGCCCUGUAUGAAUAGGUGUCUUCAUGUCCUUUCUGUAUUCCUUGAUUGACAUGAAGAGAAAGUAAGGAUAUAGUUGUUUAGUCAUGAAGUCGUGUCCAACUCUGCGACCCAUAGACUGCUGCCCGCCAGUCUCCUCUGUGGAAUUUCCCAGGCAAGAAUACUGGAGUGGGUUGCCAUUUCCUCCUCCAGAGGAUCUUCUUGACCCAGGGAUCAAACCUUCGUCUCCUGCAUUGACAGGCAGACUCUUUACUGCUGAGCCAGCUGGGAAGCCCCAAAUAACAAAGGUGAGUCUUUAAAUUUUAAUGUUAUAUAUUCUAAUUCUAGCAUCAAGGCUGGGAAAUGAAAAAUACCCAUUUCUGAAAUGUCAUUUGUACCACCCUACCUGAAAGUGAGAGAUAAAGGCUUGUAGUUGAGAAAUUAUUUUAAAUUUUCAUUAUGUAAACUUUUUACAUUUGUUUUGAAAGACAUGAAACACUUUUUUCUUACAAUCUUCAAUUUUUUUUUAUUUCCACAUAUAAAUUUUCAGUAAAGAUCACUCCAGUGUAAUGACUUCCUUCACUCUUAUGAUAACUUCACAAACAUAGCCAUGUGUAUUCUUAAUUUCUCAGCCACUGUGCAAAGGCAAGGCCAUGAGACCAGUUUUGCCAAAUACAGUGUGAGUACAAGUAAUGCAUUACUCAUCUGAAUGACCAAAAUUUUUUUUUGAAUGACCAAAUUUUUCUGUGUUACAAAUAAAUCACCCAGGGAAUUCCCUGGUGAACCAAUGGUUUGAUUUCUGUGCUUUCACUGCCCAGAGGGCCUGAGUUCAAGGUUUGGUUAGGGAACUAACAUUCUGCAAGCUGCAUGGCAUGUUAAAAAAAAAAAAAAAUCACUAAGAAAGACCCUUUGUCAAUCUCCAGCUGGAUUAAUUGACCCAAAUGUGGCCUAGCUAUUGCUCCAAGCAAUUACUGGUGUGAUAUCAGUGUAAUUUUCUACCAACCUGUAAAUUCUUUUUUUAACUUAAAUUCUGUUUAAUGUGGGGAUGAUUCAUUUGUUUGUUUUUGGUUGUGCUGGGUCUUAUUUGUUGGGCUCAGGGUUACUCUAGUGGUGCUUGGGCCUCUCAUUGUGGUGACUUUUCUUGUUGCAGAGGAUGGAUCUAGGUCAUGUGGGCUCAGUAGUUGUGAUGCUUGGACUUAGCUGCCCUGCAAUAUAUGAUGUUUUCCUGGACCAGGGAGCUAACCAUGUUCCCUGGGAGGUGGAUUCCUAACCACUGGACCUACAGCGAAGUUUCUCAUCGAAUGUUAUAUAAGCACCUGUGAGAUCCAUUGAGAGGAAGCUGAAACCAUAAAUAAAUUCUCCCAGACCGAAUUUUUUGUUCGUUUGUUUCGUUGGUUGUUUUAAAUUAUGGGGGUUCUUACGGUUAACCAUUAUAUGUCUUUGUAUUCACCUUUUAAU